UUAGCGCUAGUCCCUCUCAGUCCAUGUCGAGCAGAAAUAAAUCAAAUGGAAAACUACGUUUUGCAACUGAAUAAUGUCGCCGAAAAUAAGAUGUCUAAGAAAAGCGUCGCUGAAGAGUUGACAUUGGUCACACCACACUGGAAGUCAUCGAACGUCGAGGAGUUCUUUUAAACCAAAGUUGUACUGCCAGAGCUUAGUAAUCAAUUUUACAACUUAACUUCAGUUUCUCUCUAAAGGUGAGAUCGUUACCAGCCAGACGUGCUGAAAAGGCGAUUUUGUUAUCAGGAUAAAUUUUAAGGGUCUUAGUCAGUUUUCUCUUUGGGAAAUUUAUGAAAUAGCCUUUUUUUAAACUGUAGUUUUCACUCCUCAAAGGAUUCAACCACUGGUUUCUUAGUUCAGUUUUGAGUUGCAUCGUAGUAACUGAACACGCUUCCUAACCCCUACCAUUUAUAAAGCAGUCAAGUCCCAAACUUUAGUUACUUAGGAGGAAAGAAUAACAGUUUUUAUUUUACUUUCUCUCCACUGAGUGUUAGGUCUGAUAUAGCCCAAAGACUUUGAAAUUCCGUCACAUCACUACAACCUUAGCUACAUUUUAUUGAAAAUACGCUUCAUUUCUCAAGUAGGUAUCAUUAGUAUUAUUAGUUUUCAGUAAACCUGGUGAAAUACCCCGGCUCAUUUCUCUUCUUUUGCAAGUCAUCAUUAUUCUAGAAAAAUUCUAUAAAGGGGCUGUGUCACGGUUGUCUAGCUCGUUUUGUUAACAGUGCCAAUUACGCUUCUUUAUGCGCUAUGGAAAACUGGCUGGGGUGUGAACGACUGCUUUACAGCAUCAGGAUGGACUCCGGAAGGUCGGAGGGCAAGAGGCAGACCAAAAAGUACUUGGAGAAGAACAGUCGAGAAAGAGCGAAACAAAGCGAAGUGGAAGAGCUGGGCGGUAGUCAAAGCGGUUGCACGAGACAGAAAGUGUUGGUCAGAGAGCAGCAUGGAGGCCUUAUGCGCCAACGGGCGCGAUGA